AAUCAAGAAAAAUGCUUUGGGCCAGUCUUGCUCCUCCCGAUUGUCAGCCUACUCCUCCCUCUUCUGUUGACUGCUAUCCAAAAAAGCAGAAGAGAGAACUCAAGUUUCAGGGCUGCUCUACUAGGAAACGAGUCUGCCAUCAUCGCCAGCUGUGUUGGAAUCUGUUAAGUCUAAUGGACUGGUCUCUGUGCAAAUCCUGAGUGCUAAAAGAUCCAACAAAACUGUUGCUAGCUCGUGUCACCAUGAAGACGCUACGUCAUGCCAAGUGUUUACAGCGCCUACCAAUUUCUGGUUCUGUGAGGGCACUGCAUAAAGAAAAUAGAACAGCAACCCCUCAUAAUUUCUCCAAUUAUGAAUCCAUGAAACAGGACUUCAAACUGGAGAUUCCAGAGUAUUUCAACUUUGCUAACGAUGUCCUGGACCAAUGGACUGAUAUCGAAAAGGCUGGAAAGAAACCUUCAAAUCCAGCCUUCUGGUGGAUCAAUGGAAAAGGAAAAGAGGUGAAAUGGAGUUUUGAGGAACUGGGAUCUCUGUCUAGAAAACUUGCCAAUGUACUUUCAGAAGCUUGUUCCCUACAAAGAGGAGAUCGAGUAAUUUUGAUUCUGCCCAGGGUCCCAGAGUGGUGGCUUACAAAUGUGGCCUGUCUGCGAACAGGGACAGUUUUAAUUCCAGGAACCACUCAGCUGACCCAGAAAGACAUUCUCUACAGACUACAAUCUUCAAAAGCAAAGUGCAUUAUCACCAAUGAUAUUUUAGCCCCAGCAAUAGAUGCCAUUGCAUCCAAAUGUGAAAAUCUGCACUCCAAGCUGAUUGUGUCACAGAAUUCCAGAGAGGGAUGGGGAAACCUCAAGGAGAUGAUGAAACAUGCCAGUGACAGCCACAUCUGUGUGAAGACAAAACACAAUGAGAUGAUGGCCAUUUUCUUUACUAGUGGAACAAGUGGAUCUCCGAAAAUGACUGGACACACCCACAGCAGUUUCGGUUUAGGAUUAUCUGUAAAUGGACGGUUCUGGCUAGAUUUGACACCCUCAGACGUGAUGUGGAAUACCUCAGAUACGGGCUGGGCAAAGUCUGCAUGGAGUAGUGUUUUUUCUCCAUGGAUCCAGGGAGCAUGUGUAUUCGCACACUAUUUACCCCGUUUUGAGCCAACUUCUAUUUUGCAAACACUCUCCAAGUACCCCAUCACAGUCUUCUGUUCAGCACCAACUGCAUACCGAAUGCUUGUACAGAAUGACAUGACCAGCUAUAAGUUUGAAAGCUUAAAGCACUGUGUGAGUGCUGGGGAACCAAUUACUACUGAUGUGACUGAACAAUGGAGAAACAAGACGGGCCUGGAUAUUUAUGAAGGAUAUGGACAGACUGAAACGGUGCUAAUCUGUGGAAAUUUUAAGGGAAUGAAAAUUAAACCUGGCUCAAUGGGAAAACCUUCUCCUGCUUUUGAUGUUAAGAUUGUAGAUGGAAAUGGCAAUGUUCUACCUCCUGGACAAGAAGGGGAUAUUGGCAUUCAAGUUCUACCUAACCGACCAUUUGGCCUUUUUACUCAUUAUGUAGAUAAUCCUUCCAAAACAGCUUCAACUCUACGAGGCAAUUUCUAUAUUACUGGGGACAAAGGGUAUAUGGAUGAAGACGGAUAUUUCUGGUUUGUUGCAAGAUCAGAUGAUAUCAUAUUAUCCUCUGGUUAUCGAAUUGGACCAUUUGAGGUAGAAAGUGCCCUGAAUGAACACCCUUCAGUUGCAGAGUCAGCUGUUGUCAGCAGCCCAGACCCCAUCAGAGGAGAGGUAGUAAAGGCUUUUAUUGUUCUGAACCCUGAUUACAAGUUACAUGAUCAAGAACAACUAAUAAAGGAGAUUCAGGAGCAUGUUAAAAAAACUACAGCACCUUACAAAUAUCCCAGAAAGGUAGAAUUUAUUCAAGAGCUGCCAAAGACUAUCAGUGGGAAGACAAAAAGAAAUGAACUGAGGAAGAAAGAAUGGAAAACAAUUUAAAUGUGUUUCUUUGACUACCACAUUUAUAAAACAAACAUAUUAUCUGUCAAUCUCUAGAAACUACAAGAUGAUGGAGAGGUGAUAAAACUGUGGUAGUAUGCUCAGAAACUGUUGAUUUAAAAUAUCUUGUGGUUAUGAUAUCAGAUGCUAAAUUUUGAAAUAAAAUGUUAGGUAAAUUCCUC